AUGGCACGAUCACUCUUACAAGCCGUCGUUCUGACUUCGGCUCUCGCUCUUUUCACAACAUCAGUAUCUGCUCAGUCAGCUUCGUCCAGCGCGACAUCCACAAACGCCCCGAAAGCGAUCACGACACUGGGCUGCUACAACUCAGCAGAUCCGUUGACCUCGCAGGGAGACUACACCUUCCAAACAUCAGGAUACUGUCAAGGAGUAUGCGUGCAGUUGAACAAGCCCGUCAUGGCCAUCACUGGAGGAUCAACCUGCUAUUGCGGUGACGAAUUACCAGCCUUGGACAGCGAAGUCAGCCUGAACAGUUGCGACUCGCCAUGCAACGGCUACUCCCAGCAAACCUGUGGUGGCAUCGGCUUCUGGCAAGUGUACCUCACUGGCUUGACCGCAGACGUCGAAACAGCCCCGAACAGCACCAGCAGUUCAAGCAGCUCAUCCGCUACGCAAUCUGGAGGCUCGGGUACAACCCAGCCUGCAGUCGUUACCAAACCGGGUGAGACGAUUGUCGUGACGGCUGCACCUUCAGCUUCUACUGCAAAGUCAUCUGGCGGAACCAGCAAGGUUGGCAUUGCUGUCGGAGUCGUCGUUGGCGUUGUCGGCCUCUCUGCCAUUAUCGGAGGCAUUCUCUUGUACUUGAGACAUAAGAGAAACCGCGAGAUCGAAGAAGAACACCGUCGUAAUGCGGCAGUCAGUUCUUUCGUAGGGUCAGCGAAGUCAGACAAGUCAUCCACGGACCAGCGCCUUGAUCCCUCAAUCUAUUCACAUCGGCGACAAAGCAUCGGAAGCAUCGCUGAUGAGCGAGAUUUCUCUAGGAGGAUACUGCAGGUGCGAAAUCCGGAUCGAGAAUCAAAGUCAUCUGCUAUGGCGUAG